AUGUCAAAUAGUAGUAACAACUGUACAACCUCAGCAGCAAACUUUGCAACCUCAACAACUUCAACAGGAGUUGCAAUAGCAAGCUUUACAACCUCAGCAGCAAACUUUGCAACCCCAACAACUUCAACAGAAAACUGUACAACAUCAACAGCAAACUUUGCAACCUCAACAAAUAAUCUUGAAGUUGAAUCAACUUCUUCAACUUCUACUGAUAAUUAUUCUAACUGA